UCUCGCGUCACGGCCAGGAACUAAAAUCAAGUAAGCAGCACAAUGGGGAAGUCUCACUGUACCGCUUUACUUUCGUCACAUGUAAAAGUUGUUAACGUCUACUAAUUAAAGAAUAUAAAAGAUGUUAAUCUACGCGACGAUCUCGGUAUUACUGAUGCCAAGCUUCCUACAUCAGCGCCCUCUUGCGGAUUUGAAAAUCAUUGAAAAUACGCGUAGUACAGCUGGAAAACUGCUGUAAUCAACACGACAGGGCACUGUUAAAUUAGCAGCUGCUAAUUAGUUGAAUGGUCUAAACAACUUUGGGAAAGUUUGGUGUGGAUAUUUUGAUUGUGGAUAAGGCAACUAAUAAAAUAAAAAAAAAUCGUUCUUCUUCAGAAAUAUGGCCACAUUUUACCGGCUUGUGGUCGCUACAGUGGGCGUGACAUACAUACAAACAUUACUGGAAUAUAAUAAUAUAAUAUAAUAUAUAUUAUAUAUAAUAUAAUAUAUCGUUUUGACCAAUCCCUGGAUUUUUCAACAAGACAAUGCUUCUAUUCAAAAUUGUCGAGUAGCAAAGUCUUUCAUUUCGAGCUAAGACGUUAAUAUCAUGACCUGUCCACCAUAUUCUCCAGAUCGCAACGCUAUUGAAAAAGUUAGGGGCUGGCUAAUACGGAAGGCGUACGAAGUGCUUGGAGCGAGAUUUCCUUGAGCUACAUAGAAUCCUUGUACCAGUCUAAGAAGGACCGCAUUUUUUAACUGUUACUAACAAAACUCUUUGCUGAACAAUUUUUUUUCUAUUUAAAAAAAAAAAGAAAUAGUAAUGCCGAAUAAUAUUGUAAGUUAAAAUUCAAAUAAUUUUCUUAUAACAAUUAAAAAGCCAAAGUGCGUCCAUUCUAAUGACCAAGAAAAAUUAGACCUGUAUUGAGUAGUUCUAAAAAUAUGUUCGAAAACACAAGUUUGUUAAAUAUGUAUAAUCAUUUGAAUAUUAUAUUUAAAUAUCAUUAAAUAAGACAUUUUUUUGCAUAUCAACUUCUUUUCUAUCGUCACUUUAUAAAUAUAUAUGAAGCAAAGUUGAACGUGUGUCUAACCUAUUACCAACAAAGUAUAUACUUUAUUUUACAUACUCUUGAAAAAAUCGACGAGUAACUAAAAUAAAAAUAGAGACUACAUGGCUUAGAAUAUUGAACUGCACAAAUUAAGGAAAAUAAAUCAUAUAAAUACAGUUUUUCGUUAAUAAGAAACCAGUUUUGAGUAGCGUUCGAGUGCACAAAGAGCCAAUUAAAUUUGUUUGACAAUAUGAAGCUCGGAUUUCUGGGGCUUUUUGGCAUGGUGCUCAGUUUGCGGGGCUAUCAAUGUAUAGUUCGUGAACAAACGAAAAGUCCAUUUCUAAAAACGACGGAAGGAAGAACGCAAUUUGCCAUCAAAAUGCUGCAAAUCGAAUCCACGCAUAUAAAGCAGGAAAACUUUGCAAUGUCGCCAUUUUCCACGUGGUCACUCAUGCUCCUGUUUUUCGAGGCAGCGAAUGUGGGAAAGUAUGCCUACAACGAGCUGCGUGAUGUCCUGGAUCUCUCUUGGGAAUAUCCAAAACUGCGCAGGUGGUACGAGGCUGCCCGUGUUAAUCAUCAUUUCGAUUCGGAAAACACAAAAUUGUUUUCGCUGCGUUACGCUUACUACGACGAUGAUAAAGAUAUAACAUUCGUGGAAGGAUUCAAUAGUACAGUUCUUAGUGGAGAAGGAAAUGUGGUCCUUAAGGAGGGCCAGCCAAGGGCUGUAAAGUUCACCGAGGGGGCGAGUGAAAUAAUCAACGCCGACAUCGCCAAAGCCUCUCAUGGGAAAAUCUUAGGUUCCUAUAGCCGUAGCACGUUCAAUAGAACAGACACGAUUCUGGGGCUUACUGUUAGCUACUUUAAGGCCAAGUGGGAGUAUCCAUUCGAUAAGUCCCAGACGAAAGUGGAGCAGUUUUACGACUCCAGCGGCAAGCCGGCAGGUAAGGUGGAUAUGAUGGUGCAAACGGGGAAGUUUGCCUACAUCAGAAGUAUAAGGCGUCUGGAUGCGGAUUUCCUGAUGCUACCUUUUGGGGAACAUGAGCUAGUAAUGAUCGUCAUACUGCCGAAGCCAUCCCACAGCGUUAGCCAGGUGCUCAACCAAUUCAAAAGCUACGGACUGCAGUCCAUCCUUGACAAGCUCGGGGCCUCCAAGAAUGAAACUGAUGUAGAAGUCAAGCUUCCCAAGUUCGAUACGCUAUCCGUACUUCCACUCGUGGGUCCAUUAUUCGAGGCUGGACUAACGGAGCUGAACAACGAGUUCGCAGAUCUAGAGCGAAUGGUGAUUGCCGACGGUUUCAGAGGAACGUACCUCUCCCACUACGACCAAUUCGCUCGGAUCGUCGUAGAUGAAGAGGGUUUGCCUGAUGCUGUUCCGCAGAAAUCUUCUGGAGCAGAUAACAAGUUCAAGUUCCAUAUGAACAGGCCGUUUGCAUACUUUGUCUUACAAAAAUCAUUCAAAUUGCUCCUUCACUCCGGAGUCUUCCAGAAAGGUGAGGUCCAGUAAUGAAGAUAAGCAGAAAAUACAUUCCUUUUUUCUAUGACAAAUCACUUUAAACACUUUUAUGUUGUUCGUAUAUAAUAUACAAGUUCGAAAUUCAAAGGCGGGUUAGCGAUAAGAGCAAGCCUUAAUUUA